UACAAUAUUAUACUGUUUAGAUACAGAAGUAUAUUCACACAAAUGUUCUUAUUAUUGCUAGAAGUGAUGACAACUAUUUACUGUUCUUUAAUGAUUAUUUCUAGUCUGGUCAGCACAUCUGAAACCAAACUCCCCAGUUUCCAGCGAGUAGAGAACACGCUGUUAGUCAGUCUAAAUACCGAAUCCACGGUGCAGACGAGAAGUGUGGUGGACUGUGCUCUAACUUGUUUAUCGACAAACUGUACUUCUUUCUCUUUCGACGACCAGCAAAAAGUAUGUCAAAGGGGUAGCAUUACAGUCAACAGAGUCAAAACGUACACAUUGAUAGACAUAUAUAUCUCAUGCAAUACAGACGAUGGAUUUAAACUUUUAAUAAAAGGUUCAGUCAUCGCCUGUGUCUGGAUGUCUGACUACAAAGUUAAUUACAUAACAGCAAGAGAAAACUGUAAAGCCAUGUCAUCGCAUCUAGUUACUAUCAAAACGUUACAGAAGUUGUAUCUACUGCAAGGCAGCUAUGGAUAUAAACAGCAAAUGUGGAUCGGUCUGAACGACAUUGUUGCCGAAGGCGUUUACAGAUGGGAGGAUGAUAACAGUGAGUGUAACGCCACCUGCAGGGCAAGCAUAUUUGAAGCAUGUAGAUGAACCGAACGACAAGGACGGCAACGAGGACUGCAUAUGUUUUCAUUACCGAGAGCCUAAGGCGAAUGACUUCCCUUGUGAUGAAACUUUAGUGUUUCUUUGUGAGAAACCUUUCUUUAACAGACCCUGAUCUUCUCCUACAGCAA